CAAUUCCAACAGCAGCCAAAUAUACACACGCACGAACAGACACACACUGCCUCACUAGUCCCUUAUCACCUCCACACCCAAUAUCAGCAUCAGCGGGCCCCUUGUAACGCCAACGCCUCGCGAGCCCCGUACGAUAGAUUUAUUCACUUUCGAGAUUCUUGGGUUUUUGAUAAUUCAAUUCCAACAAUGGCUACAGCAUCGGGUACUUGAAAUCAAGUUUAUUGGCUUUCGGUUUUGAUAUCUGCAGUUUCAACAUGGCUACGGCUUCAGUCUCCUUCAAAUCAAGGGAAGAUCACAGGAAACAGCUUGAAUUGGAAGAGGCGCGUAAGGCAGGGCUUGCACCUGCCGAAGUGGAUGAGGAUGGAAAAGAAAUCAACCCUCACAUUCCACAGUAUAUGUCUUCGGCGCCUUGGAAUAGGUAUGAAGCCAGGGAUGAAGCAAGAAGCAAAUAUUUGAAGGAGCAACAGCUUAAAAAGUUGGAGGAGAAAAAUAAUAACCAGAAUGGAGAAGAUGGGGUUAGUGAUGAUGAUGAUAAUGAAGACUCUCUGAAAGUUGAUGAGGCAAAAGUUGAUGAGAGCAAGCAAAUGGACUUUGCAAAGGUCGAAAAGCGUGUGCGUACUACUGGUGGUGGUAGCACUGGAACUGUUAGGAACUUGCGUAUUCGAGAGGAUACUGCAAAGUAUCUCCUUAACCUUGACGUUAACUCUGCCCAUUAUGACCCCAAAACUCGAUCCAUGCGUGAGGAUCCCCUUCCAGAUAUGGAUCCAAAUGAGAAAUUCUAUACUGGAGAUAAUCACAAUAGAGUGAGUGGUCAAGCUUUGGAAUUCAAGCAGCUCAAUAUUCAUGCUUGGGAAGCAUUUGAGAAGGGUCAUGAUGUACAUAUGCAAGCCGCUCCGUCACAAGCUGAAUUGCUUUACAAGAGUUUCAAGAUCAAUAAGGAGAAGUUGAAGUCUCAAACUAAAGACACAAUCAUGGAGAAGUAUGGCAAUGCUGCUACUGAAGAAGUACUUCCACGAGAACUCUUACUAGGUCAAAGUGAGAGAGAGGUUGAAUAUGAUCGUGCUGGUAGAAUCAUAAGAGGCCAGGAGACAGCUCUUCCAAAGAGCAAGUACGAAGAAGAUGUUUACAUAAACAAUCACACAAGUGUUUGGGGUUCAUGGUGGAAGGAUCAUCAAUGGGGUUACAAGUGCUGCAAGCAGACAGUUAGAAACAGCUAUUGUACAGGGGCUGCUGGUAUUGAGGCUGCUGAAGCUGCAGCAGAUCUUAUGAAAGCUAAUAUUGCUCGGAAAGAGGCUACUGAAGAAGCACCUGCAGCAGCUGAGGAGAAACGACUUGCAACCUGGGGUUCUGAAGUACCUGAUGAUUUAGUAUUAGACCAGGAAAAACUGGCUGAAGCACUUAAGAAGGAGGAUGAGAGGAGGAGAGAAGAGCGGGAUGAGAGGAAACGCAAGUAUAACGUCAAAUGGAACGACGAGGUCACAGCUGAAGAUAUGGAAGCAUACAGGAUGAAGAGGGUCCAUCACGAUGAUCCAAUGAAAGACUUCUUGCAUUGAAUUUUUAGACCUCAUGUAUGUAUGUAUGUAUAUAUGUAUACUUUUGUAAGGGUUGAAAUGUUUCCUUAUAUUGUACACUAUUAUAAGCGUGUGGGCAUCACUACUAAUUUAUAUUUCUCAACUUUUAUAUAGGAAGUCAGUAGAAUGUUAGAUCGAUA